AUGUGCAUUUGUAUCAGAGACCAAGUAGCGCAAGUGGAACUUCAAUUGGAGUUGAUUACAACUUUGCGCAUAAAAAUUCGUGAGCUCUCGGGGGUUCAGGAUAGCGGUGUAAUCGUGCUCGACGACGGCCAUGAGGUGGAUGUUUCUCAAGUCCGGUUUCUCCAAAUCCUUUUGAAAAAGGAGCUUCCCCGGGCGGUGGAGUAUGCCGAGAGAGUUCCCGAGCUGGCCUCCAAGCAUCUCAACGCACGUGACAAGGAGACCAUGGAGCUGUUCGAAGUCUGCGGCUAUGCGCUAUGUGCGACCUUGACGCUUCUCCAUCGUAUCGCCCAAGUUUGGUGUGGGGUCAUUGACUUGAUGGAGACUUGCGACAGGCAGGCCAGACACCACAACCGCGCGCAACCGUUUCUCGACAUUGAGUGGGCUCAAAAAGCGAUCCUCCGGAAAACCACAAAGUCGUUUGCCGCUGAGGCAUUUCAAGGUGGCGUUCAUUUGAUUGCCAAAGUAAAGGAGCUCUGUCACGAAAUUGGGGAGGUGGAACUGAAGGACGACCUGUGUGAUCGAAUCCAGGUGGUCCAGCUUGCCUCUGCCCAGCAAAGCCACACUCUGUAG